AUGCCUGACGCGGCCCAGCAGCCGCUAAGUGCGCGGACAGCGCAGCGAAUUCAUGAGCAAGUGACUCGUGAGGGUUUUCGACUCGCUGGCCGUGAUCCCGAUCAUCACAUGGAAUGCUUCAAGGCUUGCUUAAAGACUAUCGAGGACACCAAAGUCGUCGAGGCAACUGACUAUGCUAUCUGGCAGAGCCAGGAGCUGAUCGCAAGCCCCCUGAAAGAAUUCUCCAAUACCAACCGAACCACCAAGAGCGGCAACUUUUACAUGCUCCCAGCAACGACCGCCGUGGCUAUUGCUGCCAUUCUGAACCUGAAGCACGUCGUCAUCAACUCUAACGGCAACACCAAACACAUCGUCAGCGCUGUCUCCGAGACUGCUGUGUGGGCUUACCUUGGUAUUGCUAUCGAUGUAUGGCCUCAGACUAGUGAAUCUCAGUUCUUCAUCAAGAAGUCUGAUGAAGGUUCAAAGUCUCCAACAGUUGGAAGGGUCGCCCGCGGAAAGUUUGCAGUCACAACCAAUAUCCCUGGAGACACUAUCACCCCUCUGAUGCUUCUUACUAUGGCGAGAUUCAAUGGCUGGAUCAAGUCAGUGCCGGGUGCCCCUUGUCUGAAGAAGGGGACUGUCGACGCGCCGCAGAUCAUCCACCGCCGUCAAGCACUGAGCCAAGGCAAGGAAAUCCUUGAGAAACUCGGAAAUCGAAAGUACAAGCAAAACGAUCCAGCUCUCAUCCGAGAGGUAAAGGCAUGGCUCUCGGAGCCCAUCAUCCGUGUGCUUCCAGAGGAGGCGAAGAACCGACUAUGGUACUAG